UUUACUUGCGCAUUGGCACUAUCAUCAGCUGCGACUUGAAGCCUUAUUUUUUGUCGUUUCAAUCCAGGGGCACAUUUAUGAUUAAAGGCAAGCGGGAACUUGUAUAAUGUUUUAUUACAUCAAUGUAAGCAUAAAGGAUCACGAAAAUGUCUAUUUCAUGCCGCUAAAUCUUAGUUCAGUGCUGCUGAUCGAAAACGAGAAAGCCACAAACGCCUGCCGAAAUGUGAGAAUGCAGCAUAUAAGAACGAGGUUUUGAAAAGUAAACACUCGUAUCUAUUGCAGCUUUUAUUUACUACUGAAGUAGAGAUAUACAUAACACAAUUAUUGGUGCAUAGGUGAAAUAUGAGUGCAAAACUACACCCAUUUGAAAUAAUUACCUUUGUCCUUUAGAUUUUCGUAUCUGCUUUCUGCAUACAUGUAGCGAAUAGCGACUGCCAAGAAAGAAUUAUCUGAGCAAAGUUCAGAUUAAAUAGGCAGAUACGCUACGACUGCGUAGCGUACGUUCUACACUAGAUGAAACCGUGGAGACAGUUUUGUUGCAUUACGCUACCAUCCCUCAAGCUAAGUUCAGUGGUCGUGUUUGCCCAAACCGGCAGGCCAUCCCUGGUGCUUCAAAAUACACGUCUAGGCCCUGUUCUGCAUGCGGUCUUCGUAUAAUAUCUACGUGUGCGACUCCCACAAUUAGGAGUUAUAUACGAGGAUAAUUCGCGAUAUUACAAACACAUUGGAAGUUCGGAAAUCCACGGACCACUUUUUUUUACUUGGCGUGAGGCACAUCGCGCAGAGAUACUAGACCUGAAAUGUACUAUCCUAACAAGGCAUGCAACUUAGGUUAGCAGGCUACCUAAGAAGUUGCCUAGAAACAUCUGAGAGUUACGUUUAACAGGCAGAUAAGAUUCUGAUGUCGCGUCGCAUACGGAACUAAAACUGUCUCCCACAUCAUUAACUCAAUUCUCAGGGUUUUUUUCAGGGCAAGAUAUGCACAACAACUUCAGAUCAUAUGAUUCGUUGGUUUCACCCCAACUGACAUAUUGUGCCCCUAUGUGAAUGCCCUACGAUAUAAGAAAAAACAUAACCUUGCUUCAACGUGUACAGGAUAGAUUUGUGAAAUAUGUUUCUGGAUGAUGCCACAUUUCCUGAGACCAAGACAUGCUCCCUAAUGCUGCUAAGCAGUGUUCCCCGUCGAGGCCUUUCGCAGUUGGUUUCCACUCACAAAACAUCGAGCCCUGAGGUUCAAAUCGAGAUUCCCAAAAGAAUCCAGCGGGGGCCGACAGACAUUCUCCGAGCCCUGUCUUCAACACUGAAACCCGAUUAUACCGCCCCACAUUAUCGAUACCAUGAUGACCCGUUCCUGAUCCCACACUCAUCCAUGAACAAACGGUCUUUUUCUUUAGCCAAGGAGAGCGGGCGAAAGGCAGCACGGUACUUUUUGCAAAAAUAUCCCGAAUCGUUCAAGUAUGAUCCAGCAGACCCCAAGAUAGCAGCAUUCAACCCUCCUGAGAAAAAGUUUAUUGAAGAAAAUGAUUAUACCGAAGAGGACCUGCUCUAUUUUAUAAAUAAUGUUCGAGUCAUUGAUGCUCAGUCAGUAUUCAACAGUAUUCAUACAAAAGGUGUGGAGGUCUCCCAAAAAACAAUUCUAUUACUACUACAGCUGAUGUCCUUCUACAAUUGUAGGGAAGCUGAAACCAUAAACUACCUUGAAGAACUAUAUUUCAGUCACAAAGAGUUGUUACCUAAGAAAACAUGGACAGAUGGAAAUCUGGCAGAACUACUAUUCGAAAUGCUUGAGGACAAGGACACAGUGGCUUAUUCUGCGUAUAUCUAUGGCCUGGCAAAGCAUAUUCACGUGGAAAAAGCAUUUGCUAUGUACGAGGAGAUGCGGUUGAAGGAGCUCGUGCCCUCGCUACAUGCUUAUAAUGGUUUAAUACACUCUGUGCAGUAUAUGGCGGAAGGUGCUGACCACCGAUGGAAGCUAGUUACGAAAUUGUUACAUGAUAUGCAGGCUAAUGGAGUGCAGCCAAAUUUAAUAACGUUCAAUAAUGUGCUGGAGCUCUGUUCCAGGCUUGGUAAUGCGCGUAUGGGGAAAAAUUAUGCUUUGAAGACGCUUGCCGAGAUGCGCAAACUCGGUAUUGAACCGAGCCUUGCGACCUACAUGUAUGUUCUACGUUCUUUCUGCAAGACCAAGGGACCAAUUAGCACCAUCCUUAGAGAAAUUAUCGAACUUCUUGAUGAAAAGGUUCUUGUUCCUCAAGAGGCACGCGAUUUCGAUUUUUUCCUGUGGGCGAUGAUCGUAUGCAACGAGCAUCUUUUCAACAAGGACGUUGCUUACAAGGUGAACGAACUCCUAGAGAAAAACCCCGAUCUGCUUGGUAGCUCCGCGCGUCACUCGAAAUAUUACUAUCAUUUUUUCAAGUUAUUGGCAGAGACUGAAGACAUUGAUGGAUAUAUGUUGGUUUACAAUAAGUAUGUGCCAAACACUUACAUACCGGAAACAAGCAUUUACAUUGAAACUCUGCAGGCGAUUGAUCUAAAUGAUGCGUUUCGCUACUUGCCUCAGGUGUGGUCAGAUAUUGUCACAUCGAUGAUCCAUGAGCGAAACAGUGCUAUCCCUGGGUCUGUGCUCAGUCUUACGGCUAGGUUCCAAUCAUCUGGAACUCCCGAAGAUGACAAACUGCACCAACAAAUUAUCGAGAUUGCCAGGCAUACAAGAGAUCGCUGGAAUGCGAGCCGACAGCGAUCCGUGAACACAUUUCAUGUGCCAAUAAUGAUGAAUGCUAAGGAUAUAGGAAAUAUGAUCCAAACAUUUAUUAACGGUAGUAGACUGGACGAAGCUUGGAUAUCAGUGCAACAUCUUAUUGAACGGCAACACGAAAUUGUGGGCUUUUCCGAGGCAAGCCCACUUCUCAAUUUCGUUCAGCGCGCUUGUCACGCUGGAGAGUUCAACCAGGCUUUGUAUUGCGCGAAGUACUGCGCAGAAAUCGGCCACAUUAGCGUGCCAGACUGGAUGAAACAACAAGCGGAAAGAUAUGCGUUUGAUCAAAAGAUUCUUGAGGAACUUGAUCACCUAACGGCGAAAUCAUCUACAGCGGAGGCGAAAAAAUAAAUGAUAGCUAUCUAGUCAAUAUUUUACAUGUCCGUAAUAAAACUUUUAACAUACUUGUGUACCCCAACGUAUCAUCACACGCAAACCCGCUCACUGUGUUUCCGCGAUAAACUCAUUACGGCGGAGGCAGAAGGAAUAAGAGCAAAGGUCAGCUAUCAUUUAAUGUCUUUGCACAGAACAAAAGUUCCCUGAUGUUUCUAAUUUUCCUGACUGCCUGAAAUCGUCAGUUAACCUUGUUGCCAUGCCCAGGUGGCUUCCAACGAAUCUACGUAGGACAACAUGGAUAAAAAUUUAAUUAAGAAAACUUGACAAAUGGCACACCGAAUGGCUCAAAAAGUCUUUUCUAAUAAUCCGUAAAAAAUCGACGUAGAAGUCUACGGCUAUUUUUGAGAAAAGCGUAUUUAUCGGUCCAUUAGAUAAACUCUAAUUUUUUUUUUGGGCUUAUGUCUGUACAUACUUGUUGAGCUUUUCGUGCCUUUAUGUACCUUUAACUUCCUCGCAAAGUUAAAUUUGCUAAAUUUUUGUGAAGCUGACUGGAGUAGCCUGCACGUACAAAUAUUGCAUACUGUAUAAAGGGCUUUUUAAAAGAUUUGUAAGGGCCUCGAGGUACACUAUAUUAAAAAGUUAUUUGUAAAAUAUUUAAAGAACGAUUCCUAAGCGAUUUAGCCUUCAGUUGUAGCCGUAUCGCAUUUCCAUUGAAGAAACGAUAUGUGGAGAUGUUCCUGGCUAGCUAUACAAAAAUUUCAUCCAGAAAGCGGUACUCGUUUACGCACAGUAUAUAAGCCGGUGUUUGUAUCCAAAUAAUGACCAGAUACCUUAUAUAUGUUCCAUUUUAGCACUUUUUACCAUAACUCGCAAGCCCCCUUGAGGCAUCCACAUGAGAUACAUAUGAUUAAAUAAAGAAAAAUGUAAUUAAAGUACGUCCGUUUUACCAAUAGAAACAGGUAUUGCUCAGGAGAUCACAUUCUAACUUGGGAGAAAGGCUGCCCCUUCAAAUUUUUAGUCAUUUGCCGUUGUUGAAGGGACAACGAUAUCACUUAAUCGUAUAUCAGAACAGAUUUGUCGAAGUUACUAGAUGGUACGUUUAUAUUAUGUGUUUAUGUUUAUAUUAUGAUAAAACUGAUGUAAUCGCAUUUUAUUCAAGAAUGUGCUGUAAUAACAAAAUCCAGUGGCAAGUCCCACUUUUCUUUGGGAAUGAGCGUAUUUUUCUUGGAUAAUACGUUUAAUUGAAACCAACCCAUGGUCACAAAGUAACAUGAGCAGUAAUAUUCCUUCAGUUUAGAUUUAUAAAUUAUCUAUUACAACAAUUAAAACAGUGCCGCAUAGUUGGUUCUGCUAGAUUAGAUCAUCGUUCUUUGAAUCUUGGAAAACAGCUGUAUAGGAACGUAUUACAUCAAAUGCAGUCGCUUAACUUUCGCUGACAAUUAUUGGUUUAUAAAGACCCCAAGGCACAAUGCUACUUUUAGCGCCACAAGUAAAGAGAAGCUGUUGCAGAUGUGAGAAGACGUCGAAAGCGAUCUGAUUACAUUAUCGACUUAGGGAAAAUAUCACGAGCCAUAAAUUUUUGUUACAUACCAAACGCUUAAGAACACCGGUGUACACAUUAAAACACCGCUGUGCUAGCGUAAAAUUGUAAAAAAUAACUUCGGCCGAGACGAUUUCGCAUACGUUCAGUCGAACGCCAUGGUUACCAUCAUAACGUUGUCAGAAAUGAUUAAUUUUAAUAGAAGCAGAACUUUUGCUAUUAAAACGAAAAUACCUCGACGGAAAAACUGUUCAAGAAACAAAUUAAAAUGAAACGCUCUGGUUUUGUUUAAGUGCAUGCUGCAGCAGCAAAUCCCCACAAACAUUGACUUGUGCCUCAAACCUGCCUAUCAUUUCUGACGCUCCAAGCUUAGCUUACCUUAAAACCAGUAAAUAAAUAAGAGUGUUUUUUUCAGCGUAAAGAACUUUAUUUGUUGUUGUUUAUUUUUAUUGUUUUUUCUGUAUUAUUAUUGUCGUUCUUCUUGCUAUCGGUUGACUUAUAGAAGUCUGUUGACGACGUCGGAAAAAC